GAGAGUGAAAGCUAAACAUGAAUUUUAAAUCCCCUUUUUCAGAUUCCUUACGUUGAGAUGGAAAAAGAGCCGAAGGCAACAAAACAAAUGUAAUAUAUAAAAUAUAUAUAUAAAAAAAAAAAAAGUAAACAGAGAUCCGUUCAAUUCCAAUCUAUGGAAAGCGAAAAGCUGAGCGUGUCCAGUUUCUUGAUUUUCUUCAGAGAACGAGUGGCUCAGAUUUCGGCUAAGGGCGUAGGUUUAGAAUGGCUGGUGAGACAGACGGACGAUGUUAGAUACAAAAUCGGGCCUUUGUGUGUCGUGAUAAAGGCGUCGUUUUUGGUGCCCGUGCUUAGGUUCGCUGUGUACGUUUGUUUGGCGUGUUCGUUUCUGUUGUUCGUGGAGUGGGUCCACGUCAUGUCCCUGGCCGCAAUCGCCAGGCUCUUCCGGAAAAGGCCCGCGGAAAGGUUCAAAUUUGAGGCCACGGCGGACGAAUUGGAAGGCGCCGGCGCCGAUUUUCCGGUGGUUCUUGUCCAGAUACCUAUUUACAAUGAGAUUGAGGUUUACAAGAUUUCUAUUGGGGCAGCGUGUAAUCUUUCAUGGCCUGCUGAGAAGCUGGUGAUUCAGGUGCUGGAUGAUUCAACCGACCUUCGACUCAAGACAACAAGAGAUGCAUAUUCGUUUGAUGAUAUGAUUGAGAAAGAAUGCAUAAAGUGGGCAAGCGAAGGCAUUAAUAUUCGAUAUCAAAUUAGACAAGGUAGAGUAGGCUACAAAGCCAGGGCACUCAAAGAAGGCUUAAAGCACGAUUAUGUCAAAGAUUGUGAGUAUGUAGCAAUAUUUGAUGCUGAUUUUCAGCCAGAACCCGACUUUUUGCAUCGAGCAAUGCCUUUCCUCAUACACAACCCUCAAAUCGGACUCAUACAAGCUCGUUGGAGAUUUGACUUGAAACCUCUAAUAAGGGUUGAAAUGAUUUUGCUUCUCAACUGUUUGGCUUAUUUGGCAGUGAAUGCAGAUGAAUGCUUCUUGACAAGAAUGCAGGAAAUGUCACUGGACUAUCAGUUUGUAAUCGAGCAAGAAGGAGGCUCAUCCAUUCAUUCAUUUUUCAGCUUUAACGGAAGUGGUGGAAUAUGGAGAAUUGCAGCCAUAAACGAGGCCGGUGGAUGGAAUGACCGAACAACAGUAGAGGACAUGGAUCUUGCCAUUCGAGCUGGCCUCAAGGGCUGGAAAUAUGUUUUUCUAGGAGACCUUGAGGUUAAAAGUGAACUCCCCAGCACUUUCAUGGCCUAUCGCUCUCAACAGCAUAGGUGGGCCUGUGGGCCAGCCAAUCUAUUCCGGAAAAUGGUGAUUGAGAUUUCGAAAAACAAGGAAGUGUCAAUCUGGACAAAGUUUUACAUAAUAUACAAUUUCUUCUUCGUACGGAAGAUUGUUGGGACCAUGUUCACUUUCUCCUUUUACUGUGUGGUUCUGCCUUUGGUGAGUUUGAUUCCUGAAGCUGAUGUUCCUAAAUGGGGAGCCAUUUUGGCCACUUUUAUAAUUGCCACCAUUAACACGUUGGUCGCAACUCCAAGUUCUUAUGAAAUAACUACAGAGGCUGCCUCAAAACAUCCCGCUUUUGAUGAAUUCCAGCUCAACAUAAAAAUGUUUGAAAUUCACUCCAACUUUCUGGUAUUACGCUGCAAAACAUAUGAAAAUAAGGAAGAAAGGUCACUACAUCUGGCUAUACCUUGGCUUCUCUUUGAGAACGUAAUGUCAUUUCACAGGAGCAAGGCUUUAUUCAUUGGUCUAUUCGAGGCUAAGAGGGCAAAUGAAUGGGUUGUGACUGAAAAACUUGGAGAUGCCCUCAUCAAGAACAAACCCAAUCCUGAAUCAAGCUCAGAAAAAGAGCCCAACCAGAAAAAUCGUCUUAGAGAAAGAAUACAGCCACAGGAGCUUUUACUGUCGUUGAUUCUUUUCGCAUGUGGGUUUUACAAUAUCUUCUACAGUGCCGACAGAUAUUACAUUUACCUUUUCCCUCAGUCUAUCUUCUUUGCAAUAGCUGGGUUCGGUUAUUUUGGGACAAUUGUUCCAAGUUUGGCAAGAAAUGACUUGUAUAAACCCUUGCUUAGCUAGGACGGACUUAAUUAAAAUGACUGGUUGAGGUUUUUUUGUGUCUCCACCGGUUUAUAAUUAGCAGAGGCAAUGGGUUGAUCUUAUUGUUUUAUGAAUCAUAGUUAGUCUAGUUGAAAAUAGAUUUAGAUGGCGGGAUUUUUUGUUUUUGAAUGACAUAAGUUGUAUGAAUGUAAAUUUCUUGUUGCUCAAUGUUUUUUGUAACUUGAGGUUCAUGGC